AAUCGAAUACCUCCAGAAAACCGCUUCCAGGUGGACUCCCUUCUUGAAGCGGUAGAUCAGAGAGUAGCUCUAAACGAGACCCCACCUCAGCCCUCAACAUCCAGCACACCUAUCCAGCACUCUUCCAGUGCAAUUUCCUCCAACACAGCACUUUCUAUUGCACCGGAAAGCACAGUUAGCACUCAAUCACCAAUACCCUCUCCUUCCACCUCGUCGACACCUCGUCGUCGAAGGUUCUCAGUGUUUGGUGGUGGACAGCAGCAGUUACGUCGUUUCAGAUCCGCCCCCUUCUCCCUUGCAAGAGUUAUUGAGACAGCUGGUCCACGGCUGAGAGUUAGACUCGUGGGCACGGAUGAUCGGAAUGACUGCUGGUUCCUGGUGGACUCCGAUGAGAUUCGACCCUAUCCUUCGAACGAGACCCUCCAACCCCCCUUUGGAUACGUGCACAAUCAUUUAGUUUGGAAUAAGACACUAAGGAAAACGGUCGAAGAGGGAAAAGCCGCGCUUCCUGAAUGCUUCGCCAGGGUUAGUUUUUUUAGGAAAAUGUAUCUUAGCUUUUUAUAG